AUGAGUCAGAAUAAUAUUAGUAGUAAUCUUCAAUUUAAUGGUACAUUUUAUCAAAAUAAUUCCAGCGCUUCAAUGCUAAAUGAAGGUUUAAUUCGUAUUGAAAUAACUCAAUUUAUACAAAAAGUGAAUUUUUGGAUAGCAAUUGUGGAAAUUCUUAUGGUUAUAUGUGGAAUAUUAGGUAAUGGUCUGGCACUUAUUGUCAUAAAUCGCCGUUCAUUACGUGAUACAUCAUCAAGUGUAUUUAUAACAUAUUUAGCAAUAUUUGAUAUAUCGGUUCUUGUUGUUCAUAUAACAAAUUUAGCAAUAUCACGCUGGAUUCAAUCAUAUAUAUUACAUUGUUUUCUCGCUUAUUUAACGGAUCUUGUUACAUUUUGUAGUGUUUGGAUUAUGGUUAUAAUGACAUUAGAACGCUGUGUAGCAGUACACUCACCAUUUUUGGCCAAACGUUUUUGUACAAGAGAACGUGCACGGUAUUCAAUAUAUAUUCUUAUAGUUGUUGCAUUUGUUUUAUUUUCAUCAACAUUCCCUAAUAUAUAUACAAUAGAUAAAAUUCAACAAAAAUGUACCGUUCGUCAUCAAUAUCAAAAAAUAAUACGGAUUAUAAAACCAACAAUAUUUUAUUUUGUACCCGAUAUACUUUUAUUAGCAAAUAUAUUUGUCAUAUAUGAAUUAUUUAUAGCUUCACGACAACGUACAAAAACAUUAAUGAAUCCUGAAAAUGCUGUUCAUCAAUUAAAUGCUAUUUCAUUUAAUAGAAAACAACGACAAUUAACAAUAAUGCUGGUUACAGUUUCAUUAAGUUUUUAUUUAUUUACGACACCAGCUAUUAUUGAUUAUAUUCGUCAAAUGAAUCCACCUAAGAAUUACCAUGUCAAACGACUUAAAUUACGUUUUUUAUUGAUGAAUUUAUCUGUUCUUUGGCUUCAAAUGAGUUCAGCAACAAAUUUUUUAUUUUAUUGUUUGGCUGGUUCAAAAUUUCGUGCAGUUUGUCUUGAAACAAUUGGUGAUAUUUGUGAUUUUCUCCAAAUUAAAUCAAAUAAUAAGGAUAAUCUUGUUCGACGACGGCUACAACGUCGACAAAAUAAAAAUGAUAUUCGUUUAAAGUCAUAUUUUCGUCGCGAUGAUCGUAAUGGACGUCAAAAUGAUCCCAACAGACGUCCAUCACCUUCUUUAACACAAACAUAUACAUAUCCAUUAAGUAAUUCAUCAAAACGAGCUAGCAGUGAAACGAUUAUCAGUACACAAUUGAACAGUAGACGAACAUCGAAAGUCGUAUUUAAUGCAGAUGAUACUUAA